AUGGAUAAACCGUCGUACAAGUUGGUGGGAGCGCCCUGUGGUCAACACGGGCAGUAUACAUUCUACAAGGCACUUCGGUUGUCUGGCUCCAUAGAACGGAUCGUCGCCAUCGGUGACUUUUUCUUCGUCAGGAUAUGGCAGGACUCCGAGCUGGUGUCGAUUGGAGAACUACAGCUACUAUGGACGGACAGAGUUUCCGAUCAAACUCUAGUGUCUCUGAGGCUGUAUUUCCUCCCGGAAAACACACCUGAUGGAAGGGGACAACAGGGACUGGAUGAGGUCCUAGCAAUCAAUGAUAAGGUGGUACUUCGGGCGGAGGAUCUGCUGUCCUGGGUGUGCAAUGGUAGCGAUUGGCGGUGGGGGCUUCGCGCCGUCUGGAAAGGGUCCUGCGCCCCCCCGGCGGAGGCCAAGCCAUCGAUGGCCCUUCAUCACACCAAGUUGGACUUCAGCGAUAUUGAGAAAGAGAAGAGUUCCAUAACUGUAGACGUCGAUAGUCCAGGUGUGGUGGUGUUCUCGUACCCUCGCUACUGCAGGUAUAGAGCGCUGUUGGCUCGCCUGGAGGGGAUCGAAGCUGAUUGGCUCCGGGACUCUUUAGUGGCGGCCCUGGGGGGUUACGCCGCCCCAACCAAUAAUACCAGGAUACUGUACUGUAAGGACACAUUUGAAUACCCGGAGCUAGAAGGCCACGAGUUUGUCUGCAACCACCUGGCGCCGAAGCUCAAGGGGCGACCGCGUGGUCGGAGAAGGGCGCGGCCCCGGUCACGUGAUCGCGACCACGAUCCCGACGGCGACCACGACUCGCGGUCGAGCGACAGCGACGCUCUACCGCCUCCGGAACCAAGAAUACCUCGCCGGGUCUCGUUACGUAUAGGAAAGGAGAAGUUGAGCGAAGAAGAAGAGGAAGAACUGAGAAAGAAGGAGAAAGAGAAGGACAUGGAAUUCGAGGAGAAGUUGAGGGAGUUCUACAAGGAGGACGCGAAAUUUCUCAACGACAAGUAUAAAAAGAUUUCCCUACGCAAAUUGUACUAUUCCGUCCGUUCUUAUGGCGGCUAUGAAACAAUAUGCAGAGCGCGCAUUUGGUAUCUUCUGUACGAACAAUCCGGAGUGGCUCUUAAAGCCAGGAAACUGUAUGAAAGAUACCUCCUCCCCCUCGAGAAACACCAGCGCAGACUCAACCCGAAGCUCUUCGGCACGAAGCUGAACGGCAAAAUAGACGAACCAAAAACCAUAGACACGAUAGACGUCACAGACUCCCCCCUCCGGGAAAUAGACAAUAAAUCUGACAAGCCAGAGAAACGCCUGCGCACGCCAUCGCCGAAGAGCAAGAUCCUCUUGGACAACGAGACCGGGGAACUGCUCAAAGAGGAAAUAGAUAUAACUUCGAAACCGGCUGAAGAGUUGAAUAGGGAAUUCCUGGAGUCACUCACGAAAGAGAAAGAGAUGGACGGGAAGGAGAUGGAGGGAGAGAGGGGGAAGAUAUCGGUGAAGCCGGUGGAGAAAUUGAUCGAGCCGGCCUUCGCGGAGGUGAAGGAUGAGAUGAAGAUGAUGGAACUGCCGCAGAAGUUGCAUUUAGGCAACACAGACACUACGAUACUAAAAGAGUUGUCGGAUGCACAGAGCAAUAUCGCCAGUAACGCGCUCAACAGUUUAUCCUCGCUCAGUGAGAAAUAUGCGGUCAACGGACACAGUUCCGUGGCCGCCCCGCCCGUUGAUCAGCAAAAGUCGCGCCCAGUCGGACGAAGUUCCCUUCGAGCUGUGAGGGUGAAGCCAACAAGACCUCAACUUCCGUCUAACACACCCCCACAACCGUCGUCGAUCACUGAGUCUUCGCCCCCACCACCGAUGCCCCUCAACUUCGGCAUUCACCACCCCCCUGCCCCGACGCCCCACACCGUAUCUCUCCAGUCGCAUGGGACCAAGACCCACACGGGACACCAUAGCGAUGAUGAAAUUGUUGAGAUCCCAUAUAAACCAAAAACACCUGAAAUAAUAGACCUGGACGAAUACCCAGAGAGUCCGCAAGGUCUUAAAAAGAAAAAGCUAGAGAUCCUCAAAGAGAGGGGGCUAGAAGUAACCGCCAUACCCCCAACCCCAAUGUGGCCCCAAGCUCUAGGAGCACCAAUAGCACCGCUCAUCAACCCCGCCCCCAUAAUUUUGAACCCAGCGGUGCAACACCAAAUAAUGACCCAGGCGCAGCUAUUCCAAAUGUACAAUAUUAUACCCCCCAAUUACAACAACGGAGUCAUUCCCCCCAAAGUUAUCCAAGCGACCAGCGCUUUCGGCACUUCGGGUCCGGAGAAAACUGUCUACGGCAACCCUAAAGACCCUUUCAUGCCGCCCCCCCCAUGUGCUACAAGGCACCCCCAUCAAACCCCAAAGAAGUAUUCCCCCCGUCACCGGUCCCACUCCACAGGAUAUUCUGGAUCUCACAUGCAAAACGGAAUCGCCCCCCCUACAGAAACCGGCAGUGGAAAUAGUGAGAGUGCCCCCCCCAGUCCCCCCUCGAAGCCCCCCACUCCGCAAAACCUAUCCAAGAACUAUACUCUGGUUGAUGGCAAGGCAGUCGUAGGUUCGAAUUUAGAAAUCACACUAGUUAACCCAAAAACGCCGACACCGCAAAAGCGGCCGCCGCAGAAGCGCUCGUCGAACGGCAAAUUUAUCUCGACAAAGACGCCCACACCCCCCAAAGAUUACCCAAAGCCGUACCCGCCGCCGUCGCCCUCGGGGGCCAAGAAGCCGCCAAUAGUCAUCCCCAACUAUCAGAUAUCGCGGGACGACGUGUCGCCCACCAGUUCCACGGGGUCGAAAGAGUCCCAGCCCGGCGCCCCCAAUUUGCUUGCCAACGUGUUCAAGGGUCAGAACUUGACGCAGAUGAUGGAUAUGCAGAAGGCGGUCCCCUUGACCCCCUUCAUGGACCCGAUGUACAUGAACGCAUUCUACAGCAGCCUAAGCCAGAUGGAUCAGCGCCAGCUGGCUAUGUAUCGCGACUUCAUGGCGAACCAAUUCAGAGGUUAUACAGGUUUGUUAAACAUAGGAACGCCGACAACGAAGAAUUAG